AUGGCAAGUAGAGAGACAACAGUGAAGAAUGCAGAAAAGUUGGUGGAAAGAACCAUGAAAGGAAACGACGCGUCACAUGAUGCAGCUCAUGUAUGGAGAGUAAGAGACCUUGCCCUAUCUCUUGCUCAAGAAGAAGGCCUCUCUUCUGAUUCAAUGGAAAUAGUAGAGCUUGCUGCACUUCUUCAUGAUAUUGGUGACUACAAAUACUUAAGAGAUCCAUCCGAGGAGAAAAUUGUUGAGAAUUUUCUCGAGGAAGAGGGUGUGGAUGAAGUGAAAAGGAUGAAAAUCUUAGCAAUCACUAAGGGGAUGGGUUUUAAGGAGGAACUCGCAGGGCAUGCAAAUGGUGGGUUCUCUCCUGAAUUUGGGGUAGUGCAGGAUGCUGAUCGGCUUGAUGCAAUUGGUGCAGUUGGUAUCGCUCGAUGCUUUACUUUUGGUGGAAGUAGGAACAGGGUGCUUCAUGACCCAGCAAUUUACCCACGUUCAGAUUUGUCCAAGGAACAGUAUAUGAAGAAAGAAGAGCAGACAACUGUGAACCACUUUCACGAGAAACUUCUCAAGCUGAAGGAUUUGAUGAAAACAAAGGCUGGGCAGAGGAGGGCUGAGAGAAGACACAAGUUCAUGGAGGAAUUUUUGAAAGAGUUCUAUGAAGAAUGGGAUGGGCGAGCUUGA